AAUUUGUAAAAAUGCAUUCAGUGUUUUCAAAAAGAAUUCUGACCACUAAAAGCGGUGCAUUCGCUCAGAGAAAGCUGAUGACUAGCAGAUUGAUAAUGAAUCCAAGCAUGUUUUUUCAUCAAGCCUCUAGUGCUGGUUUUAGAAGUUACAACUGAGCCUUAAAUCCUGUUAUGAAAAGGAUCCCACCAUUCGGGAUCAAGCAAUUGUUCAGGACUCCAGCCAGAGGAUAUGUCUCUGAUCUUGCUGAGGCUCAUGAAAUGUAUGGACUCUUCAGAAAAGGUCAAAAUAUCGGAUAUCUAAGUACACUUAUGGAGGAUCCUUCUGAUGCAAAAUUGGUAACCAAGGAGAAUUACAAAGAUGAACUUAACUUCUAUCAUGGUAUUCCUGAAUUAGCUGAAAAUAUCUUUGACAAAUUGGUCCAGAUCAAAGUGUCAAGUUGCUCUAAGGUUCCUUUUAAUUCACCAACCGGAACAUGGCUGCAGGUUAUUUACCCUUUCGCUGAGAACCAAAGGUUGGCUGACAAAUAUAGAAAGUUUGCAGAUGGACAUCUUCUAGUAGGAAAACUACUAGAAGAAAUUGAUGCUCUCUGCGCUGAAUCAGCUUACAGAUUCAUUAGAGGAAAUAGCAACGAUUUGUCUAAGGUGUCAAAAGUUACAGCAGCAGUGGAUCAGGUGGAAUUCAAAACCCCACUUCUUGUAGAUGAGAACCUGAAGAUCAACACAUAUGUUAUUUACUGCGGCAGCAGUACCAUAUAUACAAAGGCAGAUAUCUACUCACAAGAGAAAGGGAGUGAUAAAUGGAAGUACAAAGGACACACCAUCUUCAUUAUGGCUGCUAGAAAAGGCGACAAGGCGUACAAACUCCCUAAGAUGGUCUUUGAAGGUGAAGAGUAUCCAGACGUUGCAAAGCCAAGAGAAGCUCUUGGAGAAGAACUCAAGAACUACAUUAUAAAUUUAAAUACAGAUCUGUUUAAGCAACCACCGAAUAGAAGGGAAUCAGAGCAUAUCUAUGAAUUGUUCAAGAAGCAGAAGUUUGGCAACCCAAAGGAAUACAAGACUGUCUCUGAUACAGUACUUUCACAUAACACUUUGAUGCAACCCCAAGAGACAAACACUUAUGGGAAGAUCUUUGGUGGGUAUCUUAUGAAUAGAGCAGCAGAGAGCGCAGUCAUGAAUGUUAAAAAGUUUACUGAAGAAGUCAACCCUGAAAUCCUCUACAUUGAUACUAUAAAAUUCAUCAAGCCAGUAGAAGUUGGGCACAUAAUGCAGUUCAUUAGCAGGAUUACCUACACCACUGGGAACAUGAUGAGAGUUGCUGUCAGUGCUCUAGACAUCACAGAGAAAAACAAAGAAGGGGACUUGACUAAUGAAUUCCACUUUGUUUUCAAGCUCAAAGGGCAAUACAAUAUCUAUCCAGGAACUUACUAUGACUCGUUGCUCUACCUUGAAGGCAAGAGAAGAACAGAAUAUUUGCUAAAUUUCUAGAUGGAC